AUGUACCCUCCUAACAACAAUGGCAAUAUCUCUUCCACUAGUAGUACUAAUUACAAUAAUAUCAAUAAUAAUCCAUUUUCUUCCUCAUCAUCACAAUUAAUUUAUUCCCCUCAUCACAUGAUUUCCAUAGAAGAUGGAACUUUUUUCAAUAAUGAGCAGCUUCUGGGACAAGAUAAUAAUAAUCUCUUAUCAUAUGCUCAUAACAAUGUUGUAGUUCAUGAAAAUGUAGGAAAAUGUGGCAACAAUAAUAAUAUUGGUGUUGGCUUCAAUUAUAAGCCAGUAGAAACUACUAGGCGCACUACAAAUAAAAAGAGAUCAUCAUCGGUAUCUAAUAAUAAAGAUCGACACAGCAAGAUUAUGACGGCUAGAGGACCAAGGGACAGAAGGAUGAGAUUGUCUCUUGAUGUUGCCAAGAAGUUCUUUAAGUUGCAAGACAUCCUUGGAUUCGACAAAGCAAGCGAGACUAUUGAUUGGCUCUUCAUGAACUCAAAAUCCGACAUUCAACAACUCCUAAUUAGUCAUCAUCAUGAAUCCAGCUUUUCGGGGCUCUCAAAUAGUGCAUCUUCAACUUCAAAUUGUGAAUUACUACUUGUGACUAAUAAUAAUAAUAAUAUUAAUGGUGACGACGACGAACAAAAGGCAAAGUCGUCGUCUUGUGGUAGCAUUAGCAACCUGAUGAAUAAAGAGAAGAAAAGGGGUAACAAGACUAGAAAGAGUUCAUAUCUUUUUCGGCCACUUGCUAAAGAAACAAGAGAAAUGGCUAGAAAAAGAGCAAGAGAUAGGACUGUGGAAAAGACUACUAGUAAACUUAUUGCAGUUGAUCAGUUAAUUUCAAACAUUAGACCAUGUUUGGAUCUACCAAUAAAUAAUCAAGACGUCGUUAAUCAUUAUAUGAAUAUAAACCAAUAUUCAUCCCAUUUCCAAUUAAUUCAACAAGGAUACAUUGGUGAUAAUUCUUCUUCAUCGAUGGCAGACAACUGGAAUCCGUCUAAUCAUUUCUUGAUCAAUAAUCAACCUGAUGGAGGAGGAGGAGUACUUAUUCCUCAUGAGAGGCUUGGUGGUUUAUGGGGAGACAACAAUUAG